GUAUACAGACUCCGCUGCACGGACAUUUCUAACGUAUAAUCGCAGGUUUAGUGAGUUACUUUGAAAUAUAUUAUACUGUUUCAGUCUACUAUACCCAGCCAAAAUUGCUAGUGAUCUUAAAUUUUCCACAAUUUAACGCACUUUGCACAUUUAAGAUGUCGAAUGUCAAGGAGAACCACUUGCAUGACGGAGAAAAAAUGCAGAUAGAAGAUAUGCAAAAGUGUAAAUAUGAAUACGUGAUGGCGUUAAAACAUACAUUAAACGGCAAGUUAUUUACAAAGGACUUCGACAAUUGGACCUUGAGUCAGCAAUAUGACUGGGUCAAUAAGAAUCUCCGAAAGUUCUAUCCCAAUGUGCCAGAAUCUUUGCUACACUUAAUUCCUGCUUUCUUUCGCCAAGAUGAAUGUGGUCGUUCACAGAUAGAUGUACCGAUAUGGCUAGACGUGGAAAAGUAUCAUAAGGGGCAAAAAUUCGUGCAUGAUUAUUAUACUCCCAUUAUCAUGGGAACGUUUCUUUCAGUACUGCACACAUAUUCCUUCGGUGAUGAAUUAAAGCCUCUUAUCCUAGGUGCGAAGAGUCACACGCCAUAUUUAGCGUUCAAAAGGUAUCACGCAAUAAUUUUACGCAAUAUGCAAAUUCCUCUCUGUGCCGAAUAUUCUAGUGACUAUAGUAUAAACGCGUCUCAAGUGAAUCGUAGCGUUAAAAAAAAAACGAAUGUUGUUCAUAAAAGUAAUACAUCCACUUAUAAAGAGUUCAACACUGAAGAGUUUCAACAGGACUUUUCAUUAACAACCUUUCGUAUAAUUUUGCAAUUUCCGUUCUUGUCGGCCCAGUCUCGAGUGGAAAGCUGGUACAACGGCGAACCUUGGGUCAAAGAAACAUGCGCUUACAAGGAUAUGCAAUUCACACGUAAGAUACAUCAGAUAGUGAGAACGAAAGCAUCUCAGCUCAGUGAAGACACGUAUGACGCCCUGUGUACUUUCGCGAAUCCAUGGUGCCCGGAUCGCGAAUUGCUUCUGAAGGACUUCACCGCGGCAUGUUCGUUAGAAAAACUCGAGCAGCUUCUUUUUAAACUGUUCACUAAUUCGCCAUACAGGCCAAAACCCUUAAAUCACGCGGAUCUUGUGAUGCUACAGUACGCUUUGAUGGGCAUGGUCGUACUUCAUCCCCAUAAAUACGGGGCGCAUGACGCGACCGAAGAAGAACUAGAGGGCUUUUGUCACAUGUGGAGAUGCUACGGAUAUUUGCUCGGGAUAGAAGACGAAUACAAUUUAUGUCGUGGUAGUCUUAAGGAGACACGACAACUUAUUCAAGAUUUGAGUGAAUAUUGGAUAAUACCUUAUCUCAAAUACGCGACACCCGAAUGGGAGCAUAUAACGAGAUGUAUGGUUCAAUCAUUUAAUUAUUUCCCUAUGAUGUACAUGCCGUACAGAAGCGCAUUAUUACUCGAUAUGGAUAUACUCGGAGUAAAUAUGUCAUAUCUGUAUGCGUCUCUUAGUUAUUCAGAGUGGAUAGCUUAUUUUGCCUGGAAAUUUGUAUUACGUUAUGUCAUGAAGUCGUCGUACAUAAGGGUGCGUUUUAAUAAAAUGAUAAACAGUAAUUUAAAAGAUAUGUAUAAUUUAAAUCCGGAAAAAGACAAGGAAUAUUAUGAAAAAUCGAUAAAGCAAAUAAAGGAUUUCUGUAUUACUAAUUAGCUACAGUGUAAACUGAUGAUAAUACGUCAUUAAUGUAUUAUCAGUAGUAAUAUGCAAAGUAAUAUACAAAGUAUAAUAUGCAGAGUAUCAGUUGAUUUUGAGGGCUGUCGAUGAAUGGAUUGUUUAUUACUUAUCAUUUAUUAUUUAAAUCAUUUUGGCGCACGCUCACUCGUCAGAUUUCUAUAAUUAAUAAUUCGGUAACUAUUGCGAAUAUCACAAAACGAUAGGACUUUUAUGUUUGUUUUAAUCCGGUCUAUGUCUCCAUGAGUUCCGUAAAAUUUGUUCUGAGGACAUCCUGUUUACAGGGUGUCCGGAAUCUUUUGGAAACGAAAAAUUAUAAAGAUUAAUCAGAUCGAACUGAGAAAAGAAAAUCAUGUAUUAUUUUGUAAAAAUCGCAAUAGUUAUUAUUAUUAAUGAUUGAAAAUAACCUGCACAUCUGGAGGCUGUUUUAAUUGAUAACUUGAAAAUUUGCAUACUUAUUUGCAAAAUGGUAAAGGACUUUUUGUUCAAAAUGACCUAAUCUACAAUUAUAUGACAACUAUUAUAUCUAGCGAUGGAUAUGAGUAUAUUGAAUUUAGAAUCCUGAUUCUUGAAUCUAUCGCUCGGCACAAUAGCCGUCAUGUAAUUGUAGAUUAGAUUAUUCUGAAUAAAAAGGUCCUGUAUCAUUUUGCAGUAAAUAUACAAAUUUUGAAGUAUUUUCAAUUAAAAGAGUCUUUAG